UACCACACGGUAAUUUCAGCUUCACGGGAAGACAACCACUGCCAGGACUUUUAUGAAUACCGGUAAGCAACAGAAGCCAGUGCUCACAGGCCAGCGGUUUAAGACCAGGAAAAGGGAUGAAAAGGAGAAGUUUGAGCCCACAGUUUUCCGAGACACGAUCGUUCAAGGCCUCAACGAAGCGGGUGGUGAUCUCGAUGCUGUAGCCAAGUUCCUGGAUGUCACCGGAUCAAGACUUGACUACCGUCGCUAUGCCGACACCUUGUUUGACAUCCUCAUCGCAGGGAGCAUGCUCGCUCCCGGGGGAACACGCAUUGACGACGGGGACAAGACCAAGGUGACGGAGCACUGUGUGUUCACUGCGGAGGAGAACCACACCGCUGUUUGCAGCUAUGCUCAGGUUUUCAAUAAACUUAUCAGGAGAUACAAAUAUUUGGAGAAGGCCUUUGAAGAGGAAAUCAAAAAGCUGUUACUCUUCCUGAAGGCCUUCACUGAGUCAGAGCAAAUCAAACUGGCCAUGCUGACAGGGAUUCUGCUGGCCACCUGCACCCUGCCACCGUCCAUUCUCACCAGCCUCUUCAGCGACAAUGUCGUCAAGGAAGGCAUAUCAGCCUCCUUCGCUGUGAAGAUGUUCAAAGCGUGGAUGGCUGAGAAAGAUGCCAAUGCGGUCACCUCUGCUCUUAGAAAAGCCAACCUGGAUAAGAAACUCCUGGAGCUCUUCCCUGCCAACAAACAGAAUGUGGAACACUUCUCCAAGUACUUUAACGAGGCAGGCCUGAAGGAGCUGUCUGACUUCCUGCGUGUGCAGCAGUCUCUGGGAACUCGAAAAGAACUCCAGAAAGAACUACAAGAACGUUUAUCCCAGGACUGUCCCAUUAGAGAGAUUGUGGUGUAUGUAAAAGAGGAGAUGAAAAGGAACGGGCUGCAGGAGCAGGCUGUCAUUGGUUUGCUGUGGACUUGUCUCAUGAACGCUGUAGAGUGGAAUAAGAAGGAAGAGCUGGUGACUGAACAGGCCCUCAAACAUUUGAAGCACUAUGCCCCCCUGCUGGCUGUGUUCAGUACUCAGGGUCAGUCGGAGUUGGUUCUGCUGCUGAAGAUCCAGGAGUACUGCUAUGACAAUAUCCACUUCAUGAAGUCCUUCUCCAAGAUAGUAGUGCUCUUCUACAAAGCCGACGUCCUUAGCGAGGAAGCCAUUCUGAAAUGGUAUAAGGAUGCUCACGCGGCCAAAGGGAAGAGCGUAUUCUUGGAGCAGAUGAAGAAGUUUGUGGAAUGGCUUCAGAAUGCAGAAGAAGAGUCAGAAUCAGAAGGUGACGAUGACUAGCCAUAAGGGUCCUGAGGAUCACAGCUGUGCAGUCUACUGUCUGUGGCCUGCCUAUUAGUACACUUGUAGUCUCCAUGUUUUUUGCGUAGAGUCCAGUGAGAGAAGUCCUAGACAUUCAAGCACAACACAGGGAAAAUCUGUUGGACCUCCAGGCUCUACGUAAAGAGUGCAGGAGAUAUCACAUAGAUAGCCUUUGAAUAACACAAACACUUUAAUAUGGACUUUUUACAUAUGCUAUUCAGGUACAGAGGGAAAGACACUGAUGUCUGCAUAGAUCAACAUUUUAUCAAAAAUCACUUGUGUAUGUUGUAUGGCAUUGCUUUUUCUCUUUUUCUUAAUAAAAAGGUGUUUUUAUAUGUG